AAGAUGAUUAAUGAGAGUUUGGGAGAUGAUUUUAUAUUGGUGGGCUUCUCUGAUCAGCCACAGUUUGAGAAAAUCCUCUUUGUGGUUGUGCUAAUCUCUUACCUCCUAACACUGAUAGGCAAUACAGCAAUCAUCCUAGUCUCUUGUUUGGAUCCUAUUCUCCACACACCCAUGUAUUAUUUUCUUACCAAUCUCUCCUUUGUUGACCUCUGCUUUACCACUAGUAUUGUUCCUCAAUUUCUGUGGAACCUCCAUGAUGCAGCCAAGACAAUUACUCCUGUAGGCUGUGCCAUUCAGCUUUAUGUGUCUUUGGCACUAGGAUCCACUGAAUGUGUUCUUUUAGCUGUCAUGGCAUUUGAUCGUUAUGCUGCUGUUUGCCAACCCCUCCAUUAUGCCACAGUUAUGCACCCACGAUUUUGCCAGUAUCUUGCAGCAAUAGCAUGGCUGAGUGGAGUAGGCAACACCCUAAUUCAGGGCACCAUUACUCUCAGGCUGCCACGUUGUGGGAACCAUAAAAUUUACCACUUUAUCUGUGAGGUGCCUGCUAUGAUCAAGUUGGCCUGUGUAGACAUUCAUGCUAAUGAGGUCCAACUCUUCAUAGCUUCCUUGGUACUGCUCCUCCUCCCCCUGGCCCUCAUCUUGGUUUCAUAUGGAUAUAUUUUAAAAGCAGUGAUAAAGAUCAGGUCUGCUCAAGCCUGGCAAAAAGCUCUAGGAACUUGUGGGUCCCACCUGUUGGUAGUAUCCCUUUUCUAUGGGACCAUCACAGCUGUCUAUAUACAUCCAAACAACUCUUAUGCCCACAAUCAAGGAAAGUACAUAACUCUUCUGUAUACUGUAGUAACUCCUACCCUAAAUCCCCUCAUUUACACUCUGAGAAACAAAGAUGUAAAAGGGGCUUUCAAGAGGCUGGUGCAAAUAUAUCAGAACAUAGGAGAAUAA